AUGUGUCCAUCCAUUGCCAGAUCCACAAUGAUGAGGUUCUGCCUUUUGCUCGCGAUAGCAUUGCCAGCAGUGGCAAAAUCUGAUUCCGGAACAACACCAAUGUUCCAUCGACCACCAUUAUCCUUGACACGACGCUUUUUUCCCACGCGACAAUCGGCUCUUUUGUCCCUUCGUGGUGGGACCAAUGCAAUUGGUGAUACCGGUACCCACAUCCACGGUACCAUCCAAGAAGACGACAGCUUUGUGGAGGAAUUCCGAGGAGGAGGAGCUCACAAAACAAAAGAGCCGGAAGCAUCCACGGCGGCUGCUCCCAAACUGAUUGUCUCGGAAAAAGUCAUUGCCGGAACAUUUGCUCUGCUGGUAGCUUCGGUGCUGCUCUAUCACAAUUGGGAAUCGGUCAAACCCUUCUUGGACAAGGCAUAUAUUCAAGAACAUACACUCACCAUCUUGAAAGACUUGGAAUCCAAUCCCAUGAGCCUCCCGAUUUACGCCGGUGGCAUGGCCCUCUGGGAAUUGGUCGGAUUGUCCACCAUCCCUGUGGAAACCGCUGCCGGCAUGGUCUUUGGAUUCCAUCGUGCCUUUUUGGCCAGUGGCGUUGGAAAGCUACUCGGGGCAUCGGCCGCAUUUGGACUCGGACGAGGACUCUUGUCGAGUUUCGUACAAAAACAGUUACAACAGAAUCCCGUCUGGAACGUCGUCAAUCGAUCCACCGAUGUCCAUUCGCCCCUGGUGGUGGCAUUACUGAUGAAAUUCAGUUGUUUUCCCGAAUUGAUCAAGAACUUUGGAUCCAGUUGUUUGAUGCACCUGAGUUACAGCAACUUUUUAGGGGCCACCAUGUUCCAUGGAUUGACCUUUACACUCUUGUGGACCAUGUUGGGCGUCGAUGCCGCGGCGCGAUUGGAGAAUCCCAAUCUACCGGCCAAUGUCCCACUGCAGAUUGUCCUUGUACUGGCCGCCAUGAUAGGCUUGGUGGGCAGUCCCUUGCUGAUGGCGUGGUGGGUACGAGAUAUGAGAAAAAUAGCGGGGUUAGAAGAGACGAAGGAAUAG